GCAAUUUUUCCUCGGGCCAUGGCCAUUCAACUUCAAUCUCUCUCUUUCUCUCUCUCAUGGCCACACCAGUACGAUUCAUGCCUCUCAUCUUGUACAGUCCAUUCCAGCGAGAAGGCGAACUCGUGCACUAUCUGUCUUCUUCCAUGGCUGACUCCUCGUCGUCGUCGGAACGAGAAAUCGUCCGGCGACGCAACGGCUCUUUGCCGUUCGUCUUCCUCUUCCCACCAUUUCCCGAAGCAGGGGAUAAAUCGCUUCCACCACGCGAAGAAGGACCACGACCCGCUAUGGCUGCGGGCAAAACCCACUCGCGCGAAGCGGGGGAGCGAAGCUGUGGAGGUUGGAGAAGAAGGGUCCGAGAAGAAGGGAACAAUGGCCGGUGCUGUUGCUCUGAUCGUCGGCACUAGCAUCGGUUCAGGAAUACUCGCCCUCCCUAAGAAGGCUUCCUCUGCUGGACUGUUUCCGAGUUCAAUAUGUAUGAUCUUGUGUUGGGCGUUUCUCUUGGUCGAAGCGCUUUUGCUUGUGGAGAUCAAUGUGAAUAUGUGGAAGAGAAAGAAGAAGAUGAAGAAUGGAGGAGAGGAUGAGUUGGAGGUCAUCUCUAUCAGGACGAUGGCUCAGGAGACAUUAGGAAAGUGGGGAGGCGGUUUUGCCACGGUCACUUAUGUGUUUCUGGGCUACAGUUCCAUGGUCGCAUAUUGUUCCAAGUCUGGCGAGAUCCUUUUCCAUCUUAUAAAUCUUCCAGCUUCGUUUUCGGGCUUCUUCUUCGCCACGCUCUUUGCAUUGCUCAUAUCAGUCGGUGGAACUCCAGCCACUGAUAAAGUGAACCAGUGGCUCACUGCUUCCAUGAUAGGUUUGUUGUUGGCGAUUGAGGUGCUUGCGGUUGUGCUCGGCGGAUGGUCAGGUUUUGGGGGAAGUGGAGACUGGGAAAAAGUUCCGGCGACAAUCCCUGUGAUGAUCUUUUCUCUGGUUUAUCACGACGCAGCACCUGUAAUCUGUGCUUAUCUUGGAGGCGAUCUUAAGCGUAUAAGGAACUCCGUUUUGCUUGGUAGUACUAUUCCGUUACUUGCUUUGCUAAUAUGGGAUACAGUUGCACUCUCUCUCUUGAACGAUGCAAAUCGAGUUUCUGAUCCUCUCGAUUUGCUGCUGAGUGUAAGAUGGAGCGGGGUUCCAUUGAUGGUGGAGGCCUUUUCGCUACUGGCCAUUGGAACGUCGCUAAUAGGUACUCUUUUGGGAUUCUCAGAGUUCUUCAAGGAGCAACUCACAAAUUACGAGCUGCAGUCGCCUUCAGUACAGAUUUUGCUGGUAAUGGAGGAACCAAAGGAGGUCUUUGGGGUGAGAAAAUGGUGGGACAGAAAGAAAAUUAGCUUUGCUUCAGUAGCGAUGGUCGUUGCUCCGUCUAUACUGGUGUCGACUACAGUUCCGGAUGCAUUUUCAGCAGCCACAGAUAUUGCUGGAGGGUAUUGUAUGACGAUGCUAUACGGCGUCCUUCCACCGGCGAUGGCUUGGGCUAUGCAUCAAUCAGAAGAAUGCGAUGACACCGAAAAGGAUGGAUUAUCGAGAGCAAAGCCUGCACUUGUUGGAGUCGGUCUUUUUGCUUGCGGAAUCGUGAUGGAGCAAGUUCUGCAGGACCUGUUAACAUUUAUAUGCCAAUAGCAGGACAACGCUAAAAGCCCUUCAGAUGAAGUUAAUCGUAGAAAGUAUAGUAGUUUGUCAUCGACACUCCCGCUUCUUUUAAGUUCAUUCUCCUGGGGGCAAGUUAGGUAACAUCUUGAACGAUAAAUUUCCACCCAAAAGAAUAAUUCAAGGAGAGAGAUGCAGAUUGCAGGGUGGCGAAACAUGGACAAGCAUGCACCAGUUUGUCAAGAUAAUGACAAGAUGGUUGAGGUUCUGCUGAGUAGCAGCAGCUCAGAUUCGCCUCAAUGUCCAUGUAAUUAUCUGCAGUGAACAUGCAGUUGAGACAUACUGGUCUAAUUUGAUGCAUUCGACAGAUAAUGAUGUGACUGAAGCACCUAACCCAAACCCAUGUUAAUGUUGAUGUUUUCUUUC